UAGCCUAAAGCUGUAAGAGGUUUACAGUGGCCGUUUAGGGGCACACUUGAAUUUCAAGUUUCAUUUAGGAGUCAGUACAUGAAUGAAAACAGUCCCAAAGAGGAGGCUGCUAAGCCCAGGAAUCUCAAUGGGGGGCAAGGAAUCAGUAGCCGGUGGUCAAACUGUUAUCACUGCCGUCCAGACUCAUGUGUGGCUCAGGAGAUUUAUGACAGAAUGCCCAUCCGGACUGCAAACCCUGCAUGAGUUUAAGGCGCUUCUGGGUCUGCAAGGCCUGAAUCAAAGGGCAAAUCAAUAUGUUGACCAACUCUUUAAUAUUUUUGACAAGAACAAGGAUGGAUUUAUCGACUUUUUAGAGUUUAUUGCCGCCAUAAAUUUGGUUAUACAAGGGAAGAUGGACCAGAAAUUGAAGUGGUAUUUUAAACUCUAUGAUGCUGAUGGAAAUGGAUCUAUUGACAGAAAGGAGCUACUGAACAUCUUCAUGGCAAUACAAGCCAUCAAUGGGCAAAACACCCUGAAUGUUCAGGAAUUCGCCAACUUGGUAUUUGAGAAGAUUGAUGUAAAUAAUGAUGGAGAGUUGACUUUGGAGGAAUUCAUCAGUGGCUUAGAAAAAGACCCAAAACUUUUGGAGAUGAUUACCAAGAGUUUUGACCUCUCCAAUGUCCUGAAAGUAAUUCAGAGUGGAAGGAAGCAAGACACAAGAGAUAGCUUGCCUUAGACCAUGGCCAAGGUAAAGGACCUUCAAGACAAAAGGAAACUUCAGAUAUGGAGACUUUAUUCUGCCCAAAUGUCUUUCCCCACACUCAGUAAACACAAUAGCUCCUGUAGCAGGAAAGAAUCCUUCUCUUGUGUAUAAUAUUGUUGCUGCAGAUGUAACAUUCUUGAGUCAGACUAAUAAAUAAAACUAUUAUAUUCAACCCUGAGAAACCUUUCAUAAAGUUAUGAGGCAAAUACACUAUUGUUCUGUUUAAAUAUUAGUUGUUAUGUCCUGCAGACUAAAAGUUGGCAAUAAAGUUGAUGGCUAGAUUUCUGGAUCCCAUCACUUAAAAACAGAAUCCUAGUUUAUAUUAACAUGCUUGCACCAACUUAUCAUAUCUUAAAAUAGAAUUGGGUUAUUUGGUGAACACUUUCUCUCCUCACUAUUUGUUUCAGAAAAAUAACCACUUGGAAAAAAGAUUUUUUUUUAAGCUCCCAGUUCUUAUUGAAACCAUAUAUUACAGAUGACUAGGUUCUUGUCCAGUCUUUUCUCUCCCUUCUUUCAUUUCUUAUCCUAAAUGCAGUCAUGAAUUAAUAAACAAUCUAUUCUAAAAGAACAUCCCAGACAACAUAAGUUGUGCAUUAUAGUAAAAAGAACUAAAUGUUUGCUACAUAACCUCAGUUCUUCCACUAACAAGCUCUGUGACUGUGCAAUUCACUUUGAUUCCGAGUCUUAGUUUCACCGUUUGUAAAAUGAGGACAUUGCCUUUUCCCACCCACCUUGUAGGCUCAAGUUUGGUCAUGUGGCACCCCGGAAAGGGUACUGAAUUUGGAGUUAAAGAAAUUCAGCUCCAAUCUCAGUUUUGUAACAUUACUUUUAUGAUGUUGGUCAUUUCACUUAACUGUCACACCCUCAUCUUUUCAUCUAUGCAUGGAGGGGCUAGACAAGACAACUCCUAAGGUCCUUUUAAGUUCUAGAUUGAUGAUCCUAUGAGUAUAUGUGAAAGCCCUUUGUAAAGGAUAAUACAUUUUUAAGGUAUUAUUAUUAAAGAGAAAGGAGCUUUGAGUUAAGCAAUGAGAAGGGUUUCUUUUAAUUCAUUAUAAAUUUGUAUCUGGUUAUGCACAAAACUGUGAUACCUCACCUGUAAUUAUUAUGCCAGUUGUUGUUUUGAUGAGUACAGCAGACAGCCGGGCUAUGCAGCAACAAGCACUUGACAUUUUAAAUGGUCCUGACAUUAUAACUCUGACAUUUCAUGUUUUUUUUUAUAUCCCUUC